AUGACUCGUGUUCUGCUUACUGGAGCAAGCGGCUUCAUCGCCGCACACACCUUGGACAUCCUCCUGGAGCGCGGCCACUCUGUCGUUGGCACAGUCCGCUCACAAGAGAAGGCCGACAAAAUUAAGGCGCAAUACCAGGGAAAGUACGAGGACCAGCUCAGCUUCGCCAUUGUUCCGGAUAUCGCACAGCCAGGUGCUUUCGAUGAGGCUGUCAAGUCAGACCCUCCAUUCGAGGCGGUGCUCCACACAGCCAGCCCGUUCCACUUCAACGUCACCGACGUGCAGAAGGACCUUAUUGACCCCGCAGUCAUUGGUACAACCGGCAUCCUCAGCUCCAUCAAGAAGAGCGCACCCUCAGUAAAGCAUGUCGUCAUCACAUCGUCUUUUGCCGCCAUCAUCCAGGCCGAUAAGGGCUUCUGGCCCGGUCACGAAUACUCAGAGGCCGACUGGAACCCCAUCACCUCCGAGCAAGCGACCGAGAACCCCAUGCUAGGCUAUCGAGCAAGCAAGACCUUUGCCGAGAAGGCAGCCUGGGAGUUUCUCGAGAAGGAGAAGCCCAACUUCACCAUCGCUACUAUCAACCCACCGAUGGUGUUCGGACCCAUUGUCCACGCCCUCGACUCCCUCGACAACCUGAACACAUCCAACGAGCGCAUCCGCAACGCUGUGCAGGGCAAGUUCAAGGACGAGAUUCCCCCCUCGGGCGUGCACUUCUGGGUCGACGUGCGGGACGUCGCAGAAGCACAUGUCAACGCAUUCGAGAAGCCCGAUGCCGCGAACAAGCGCUUCUUUGUCACCGCUGGAUACUUCUCGAACAAGGAGAUCACCCAGAUCAUCAAGAAGAACUUCCCGCAGUACAAGGAUCUCCCCAGCGACUCGACACCCGGCGGCGACUACCCCGAGGGCACACCAGACAAGGGCCUGUACACAUACAACAACAAGCGCUCGAUCGAGGUGCUGGGUCUGAAGUACAAGUCGCUGGAGCAAUCCAUUGUUGACUCUGUGAAGUCUUUCCAAGCAAAGGGUUUGUAG